UCACGGUUUCGAUGGGAGGUCGUGCCUGCUGAUGAACAUCUGCCAGGCGAUGGAGUACGUGAGCCAAAGGGACGGAGUGAUCGCGAAAAUAUUACAAUUACUGAUCGGGUCGUACACAGACGACAGCUCGUUUCCUUCGCUCGGCUGCGACGUUCACGUCAAGAAUUGUCCCCUUCAGCUGGUCAACGUCGACCACUUCAUCACCCCAUAAAAUAAAAUAUACAAAAUUCACAUUUGA